GCUAGCGCAACACUAGUUGUGAUGUUAGCCUGUUUUCUUGGACACUCCUAGCGCUUAUCCCGCUGCCCUGGUAGUUGCCUCAAGGCGCCCCUCAGGAAAACCAUGGCCGAGCAGGCCUCGGGACCCCCUCGGUCGUCCCAACAUGACGAGGAGCUGCAGCAGCGAGUGGCCGCUCUGGAGCAGGAGAGGACCGAGUUCAUCAAACUCAAGCAGCAGCUGGAGGCCGAGUUCAACCAGAAGCGAGCCAAGUUCAAGGAGCUCUACAUGUCCAAGGAAGAGGAGCUGAAGAGGCAGAACGUGGAGCUGGAGGGCGCCCAGGUGGAGCUGCGCUCCGUCCUGGACCAGCUGUCUCAUGCCCGGAGCGAGAUGGAGACCAUCAAGACGGUCGCCACCUUGUCGGAGAACACCAAGCAGGAAGCCAUCGACCAGGUCCGCGGCCAGUGGCAGGAGGAGGUGGCUUCGCUGCAGGCCAUCAUGAAAGAAACCGUGUGCGAGUACGAGGUCCAAUUCCACCAGCGCCUGGAGCAGGAGCGAGCCCAGUGGAACCAGUACCGGGAGGCAAUGGAGAGAGAACAGGGCGAGCUGAGACGCCGUCUCACCGAGGGCCAGGAGGACAACCUGGAGGACGCCAUGAAAAAAGCGCAGGAGGAUGCGGAGAAGCUGCGUUCGGUGGUGAUGCCCAUGGAGCACGAGAUCGCGGCGCUGAAAGCCAGACUGACGACGGCCGAGGACCGCGUGAGGGAGCUGGAGGCCUCCAAGGUGAAGGAGCUCAAUCACGUCCUGGAGGCUGAGAAGUCGUGUCGCACGGACCUGGAGAUGUACGUCGCUGUGUUGAACACUCAGAAGUCCGUCCUGCAGGAGGACGCAGAGAAACUACGGAAGGAGCUCCACGAGGUGUGCCACAAGCUGGAGCUGGAGCGGCAGCAGCACAACCAGCUGAAGCACACGUGGCAGAGGGCCAACGACCAGUUCCUGGAGUCCCAGCGUCUCCUCAUGAGGGACAUGCAGCGGAUAGAGAACGUGCUGUCCUCAGAGCAGCUCCGCCAGGUGGAGGAGAUGAAGAGGAAAGACCAGGAGGACGACGAGAAGGACCGGCUGAUCCAAGUGAAGGAGCUGCAGCAAGAGGAGGGAGACAACACGGAGCCCCUGGAGGACUCGUUCCAGGGGCUGAGCGUGGAGGAGCCUCACAGCGGCCACGGCUCCAUGCACUCCUUGGACACCGACGUGGUGGCGGGCGCCGACCCCUACGUGGACAACCUGCGGCGGGUCCAGUCCACCGACAGCCUGGGCUCCUCGCUCUCCGUCCAGCAGGGCCUCGGCGGCCACAACCACAGGGCCAAGUCGGCCGGACACCUCGACGAGUCCGACUUCGGGCCCCUGGUGGGGGCCGACUGCGGCGCCGCGGCGGACGCCAGCUUCGGCGAAACCUCGUCCAUCGGCUCCAUCAAGCUGACGGCGAGCCACUUCCUGCUGACCAAGGACCAGGAGAAGGCCAUCAAGGCCAUGACGCCCGAGCAGGAGGAGACGGCGUCGCUGCUGUCCAGCAUCUCCCACGCGGCCGACACCGCCUUCCUGCCGCCGGGGGGCUACCGGCUCGUCAGCGACAGCGAGUGGAACCUCCUGCAGCAAGAGGUGAAAAACGCCGGCAGGAAGCUGGGCCGGCGGUGCGACAUGUGCUCCAACUACGAGAAGCAGCUGCAGGCCAUCCAGGGACAAGAGGCCGAGACGCGGGAUCAGGUGAAGAAGCUGCAGGUGAUGCUCCGUCAGGCCAACGAUCAGCUGGAGAGGACGAUGACGGAGAAACAGAAUCUGGAGGAUUCGAUGAAAGCGGGAAACGAAGAAACAGCCGCCAAGGUGUCCGUCUUCAUGCAGAGAGUCCAGGAGUCGGAGAUGCUGCUCAGCACACUGCAGCAGGCCUUUAGUGAAGCAAAGAGGAACACGCAGCAGCAGAUGGUGGUGCUGGUGAAGUCGAGGGAGCAGGUGGCGGACGAGCUGAGCCGCCUGCAGAGGGACAACGAGAGCCUGCAGGGGAAGCACCGACUGCACGAGGAGCUGCAGCAGCAGGAGGGCUUCCACAUGCCCGACACCGUGCAGGAGCUGCAUGUUCUGGUGCUGCGGCUGCGCGAGGGCCUGGUGGCGCUGCGGACCUCCGCCGACCACAUGGAGGAGAAGCUGAAGGCGGAGAUUCUGUUCCUGAAGGAGCAGAACCAGGCGGAGCAGUGCCUGAAGGAGAACCUGGAGGAGACCCUGCAGCUGGAGAUCGAGGGCUGCAAGGAGGAGAUAGACAUCUUGGAAGCGUCUUUCUCCAGUCUGAAGACGGAGCUGGAGCGGGUGAAGGCGGAGAAGGAAAAGAUGCAGAGCGUUCUAUCGGAGAAGACCGAGACGCUGGAGAGCCUCCAGGGCCUGAGGAUCGGCCUGGAGCGCCAGCUCCGAGAGCUCGCCUCCACCAAGAGUGCACUAGAGACUCAGGCCUUUGAGGAGAAAGACAAGGCUCAGCGGCUGCAGACGGAGCUGGACGUCAGUGAGCAGGUUCAGAAGGACUUUGUCAAACUUUCUCAGACCCUUCAGGUGCAGCUGGAGCGAAUACGACAGGCGGAGUCGCUGGAUCGAAUCAAAGUCAUCCUCAAUGACACCAACUUGACGGACAUCAACCAGCUCCCGGACACAUGAUUCCACUGAGCAGCCCCCGGCCCCCCUCCCUUCUCUCAUCACUGGUCCCAAUAACAUUAUUGAUCCUCCUCCUCGUCCCUGAUACCCAAGACAGAAGAAGAGUGUGAACGGACGGACGGGGGCCCGAGGAGCCUCUUAUGUGUCCUUGAAGAGUCUUUGGAACAAUGAAGAAGAACACUACUACUAAAAAAAAAAAGAAAAUGUAAAUAACUAAAGGAGGGCGUCGCCCCGUGUCUCGUUUCUACUGUAGAUAAUCGACUGUCUGUAUUAGCUCGACCAAAAAAAACAAAAAUGAAAGGUUUGUCGUCUUCUAAAAGCACUUUUCAUCUGCAGCUUCUCCUUCCAGGUUCACAUAGACAACUACUGGAUGCGUAACUCGGUGGCCUCCUCCUUCUUUCUCACCUCUCCUGUGACUGGUCACGAUGAAGGAGAUUCGUAGGGAAAAAUAACCACUCACACGUCCCCUAACUGAGAUAGAAAUACAAAUUGAGCAAUACCCUCCAUAUCUUAAACAUCUUCCACUGUAUCUUUGCUCUGUUCUUAAUGUCAGUUAUUUUAUUUUUUAAGCUGCAGAAAUGGUGAAGAAAACCUUCAUCUCUUGUUGCUAAGUUUUAUUUUCAACCUUGAUUGUUAAAGUUGUUGGUUGUGUGAGGUACUUCUACACAGUCGGUGUAUUUUACUACAGUAGAUGACGUUUGGGAGUAUUUUAGACGCCUCAAAGAAUCAGCUUCAGUUUAAGUGCUUUAUUUAGAAUAUUUUCUCUUUUCGCUGUGUCUAAACCACUCCUGUUUCCUGUGAGGUAAAAUGACCUUUUUGUGAGGAUAACUGCUUUAGUUCAUCAUCACAGAGUCUGACAACAAGGUAAUGAGGGGAAAUAGUUCCAAAUAAUACUUGUGUGGUUUCUGCUGCAGUAAGACGCCUAUGAAGUGUCAUCAGAACCUCUCAGAACGUUAACAAGGUCUCAUUAGCACACAGGAGGAGCUGGUAGAGAAGUGUAAAUGGACAAUAAUGGAUUUUAAUAUAAACAGUGGCCCUUUUUAAUUGAUUUAUUUUUUAAGCUUCUUUAUGUAAUUCCAAAGCUCCUUGAGGUUCUUCUCUUUUUAGAUGCCAUCAAAAGAGCUCCGCAUGACGCCUCUUGGACCAGAGGUUGUCCUCGUGCCCCAGACGCCGUCAGCUGGAAGGUCGGACGCUUUAUUCAAGGCCACUUUAAAGGAGGGAAAGUUGACCUGUAGAGCUCAGGAACCCUACGAAUUGAAUCCUUUAUUUCAUCCUAAAGUGUUAAGAAAUGGGCACGGACGUCACGAAAACAUUUUUAUAACUUUACAAAACCGACAAUCGGGCAUUUGACCUUGUGACCUAUCACUUUUGAUGUGAACAACACCAAGAAUGAUUUGAAGGAACGCCUUAAAUUCUCUGACCAGAGGUCCUUUUCAACUGCAGUUUAAACACUUAAAAGAACCAAUGAAUUACUUUUCCUCCGGACACAGAUUUUAAAGAAUAAAGAUAAAGUGUAGCCUGCAUAGAUCAAAGUGUGCGGAUAUCUCUCCUGUCAGUUUAAACUCUUUGACACAGAUCCCUAUUUAAAUACAGUGCUUUAAGAAGCAGAUACAAUAAAAUAAUUUACACAUUUUUCUUUUUAGUGGAAUAAUAUUCUGCAGUUCAAGUUUUAAAACCAUUUUCCCAGCAGCCACCAGUCCUGCUCUCCUUGUCUGGGUGAAAUUUAGUGUUGAGUAAGAGGUUGAAUUGUCGCUAAAGAAUAGUCAUGGAAUGGUUAUAUGGUCUUAAAUGAAUGAGAUAAACAUGCAAUCAGCAGCUGUGUUAGGUUCAAGGACACGUCGAUCACUGUUGUUUUGGUGCAUGAUUUGCAUAUGUCUAUAGUGUAGAUAUGUUGAGUUGAUAUUUAUGAAAGGCGAUGUGUUGUGAGAGGAUGCUGCACUGACCGAAUAACUAUGUUGUUUAUGCUUUUUGGUUUUUUUGUUGCUUGUAUGAUUGAAAAACUGAUAAUUGGGGAACUUUAAAGAGGAUAUUCUUUUUGUUUCUCCCGAACGGUCUUAUUGCGUCACGGCUAUGGGUGAUUUUCUUUUUAUUUGUGACAUUAAUGUCCGUGUACCACGGUAACAUAAUUGACUCGAGGCUCAUACUGUCUGAAUAUGAAGAUUCCUGCAUCGUUAUCAUUAGAUAUUGUUAGUCAAAUCAGUUCAGGUCUGACAUUAUUGAAUUCUUUUUCUAAAGCAAAACGUAUGUUGAAUCCCAAACAUGAUCAGAGUCGAUAUUGAAAAAGACGUCUGGUAUCUGUGUUGGAGUCUGAAACCUCCCACUGUGCAUAAAUGCGAGGUCACAACAAAUAAAACACACUCACAGCUUUCAUAACAUAUUCAGUCAACAGUAAAAAUGUCCAACCGUAAAUAUAUUUAUUAAUCCGUCUGGUCUUGCAUCAUAGACCUUAGCACAUUUUUUUAAUUGUUUGUAAUAAAUUCCAAUAUUAAACAUCCGACUAACAAAGAGCAUCAUGUGGCUUGUACUUUUUUUUCAAUAAAUAGAGCACGGUUUGAGUUUUCAGA